GAAUAAGAAUGGGAGCACAAUCACAUGGACUCGAGAAACCAAAGCCAUGGCCGUGCACUCAAAGCAGCUUCUGCAACUGCUACUUGUGGCAAUCCUUAUUGCAGCAACGAAAACCCAACCCAUGUCAAAGCCAAACUGCAGAGACAAGUGUGGCUCUGUCACCAUUCCCUUUCCAUUUGGCAUGACCAAGGAAUGUUCCUUGAACCCCUCAUUUCUCAUCAUCUGCAACCAAACCUCUUCCACACACACGCACAUACCUUUCUUGUAUAAUAAUAAUACUAAUAAUAGCGUGCCAUUGUUAAGCAUCUCGCUCCUGGAUGGCAAACUUCGCAUUUCAUUGCCAGUAGUGAAAGACUGUUAUAACUAUAGCUCUUACGAAUAUAUAGAUCAUCUUAAUGGAAUAUCGGUCUUGGAAUGCGACCUGACGCCUUUUCACCUCUCGCCCAACCGAAACAAGUUAACAGUUGUUGGCGCUGACACCGCUGGAUUUGUGAAACCAGAUACGAAGACGGAAAAUAAAUACACUGCACCAAUAUGCCUGUCUCUGAACUACAAACAUUUAUUAGUGAAUGGGUCUUGUUCCGGCGUUGGUUGUUGCGAGAUUUCAAUACAACAAGGGCUAUCAAGUUUCUACUACUAUGCUUAUAUGAACAUCAUCAAGAACAGUUUUUACGCCAAAGAAUUUGGCAACUAUCCAAUCGUAUGCGGUUAUGCGUUCUUGGUGGAAAACGGAAACUACAGCUUCUUCAAAAAAGACCUCUUAAAGUGGGACAAGAAGGAGUUUCCUGUGAUUGUGGAUUGGGCAGUGGGGAACCAAAGAUGCAAAGAUGCUAUGAAUUCAUCAAGUUAUGCGUGUAAGGCAGACAACAGUACAUGUCACAAUGCAAAGGACGGAAAUGGUUACCUUUGUCGAUGCUCUCCUGGCUUUCGAGGAAACCCUUAUCUCUUUCAUGGUUGCCUAGAUGUUGACGAAUGCAAGGGAUCUAACGAUUGCAUUCAUCGGGAAAAGUGCAAAAACUAUCCGGGGAGUUACAAUUGUUCAUGCCGAAAAGGAUUCGUAGGAGAUGGAAAAGUAAAUGGAUCAGGAUGCAAAAAAGAUACGAACAGCAGAGACAUCAUACUCGUAACAACUUUGAGUGUGAGCAUAGGCAUCAUAGCACUGCUGGGGGGAAGCUUUUAUGUGUACUGGGCAUUCAAGAAAAGAAAGCUCAUGAAACUUAAGGAACACUUUUUUGAGCAAAAUGGUGGUCUAUUGUUACAACAACGAGUAGCGAGGCAUAGAGGGUCAGAAAUGACUAAAGUCUUCACAGUGGAGGAGCUAAAAAGGGCAACUAAUAACUUCAAUCCAGAUAGGAUACUAGGGCAAGGUGGUCAAGGAACAGUUUAUAAAGGAGUGUUAUUAGAUAAUAGAACUGUAGCGAUAAAAAAAUCCAAAAUCAGUGAUCCAAACCAGAUUGAGCAGUUUAUUAACGAGGUUAUGUUGCUUUCCGAAAUCAACCACAGGAAUGUGGUAAAGCUCUUGGGUUGUUGUUUAGAGACAGAAGUUCCAAUGCUUGUUUAUGAAUUCAUUUCCAAUGGUACUGUUUAUGAGCAUCUUCAUGGUCAAAGCCAGUCCUUAAAACUUACAUGGAAAACUAGAUUAAGAAUAGCAACAGAAACUGCUGAGGCCCUGGCAUAUUUGCAUUCUGCUACUUCUGAACCAAUCAUCCACAGAGAUGUGAAAACUACAAAUAUAUUACUUGAUCACAAUCUCACAGCAAAGGUUUCUGAUUUUGGAGCUUCAAGAAUUGUUCCUCUAGAUCAAACUCAAUUAACCACUUUGGUGCAAGGAACGUUGGGGUAUCUUGACCCUGAAUACUUACACACAAGCCACUUAACUGAGAAGAGUGAUGUUUAUAGCUUUGGGGUUGUCCUAGCAGAACUACUCACAGGAAAAAAGGCACUCGCUUUUCACAAGCAAGAGUGUGUUACGAACCUUGCUCUGUUCUUCGUUUCUUCCAUGAAAGAGGAUCGAUUACUUGACACUGUGGACCAUCACAUAAUUGAUGAGGCGACCGCAAAUGUUGACCAACUGAUGGAAUUUGCCAAAAUUGCAAAACAGUGUUUAAAGGUGAAACGAGAAGAAAGACCCACAAUGAAAGAAGUGGCAAUGGAACUUGCGGGACUGAGAUUUGCGGAAAUGCACCAACAGGAAAGUGCCAAUUUGUGUUCAGAAGACACUGAGAUUUCUCUCCAAUCAGAAGCGUAUGUUUUAAGUGUUGUAAAUGACGCUGGUGGAAGUAGUGGUAUUAGUUCUGGUGUUGAUAGCUUAAACCAGAUUUCGACGACUUUCCCCAGUGGAAGAUGA